AUGGCGACUGCAGUUUCUAUGGUAAAGCAGGGUUUGAUGUCUAAGCGACAAGCUGCUAAGACGUAUGGUGUCCCAAGGACAAACCUUUUAGACAAGGUUGCUGGACGUGUACCAGAAGAGCGAACCUCCCCAGGAACAAAGCCUGUGCUUACUUCUGCAGAGGAAACUGUAUUGGUGGACUAUUUGAAGCUUAUGGCCAGCAUAGGCUAUCCAGUAUCUAGAGAAGAACUCCUUCUUGAAGUUAAAAAAAUCCUAGAUAUUGACGGCCAUAGUAAUCUGUUUAAGAACAAUAAGCCCGGAAAGGACUGGUUCUAUUCUUUUAAAAAGCGCCAUCCGGAUGUAAGCGAGCGUACCGCGAUGAAUUUAGGUCAUCAGCGUGCUAUAGUCAAUUUGGCAAUGGUUGAGGGUUGGUACGCCGGGUUAUAUGAGUACCUUAAGAGUGAAGUGCAAGACUAUGAAAAUUUAGUAAAAGACCCGAGGCGCAUAUUCAAUGCGGAUGAGUCAGGCUUUCCCUUGUGUUUCAAAACUGGCAAAGUGCUAGCUUCCAAAGGAGCAUCGCAUGUGUACAAUGUGACGACAAGUAAUAAACAACAAAUAACUGUCAUGGUAUGCUUCAACGUCUUUGAUGACUAUUUGCCACCACUUAUUGUUUAUCCAGGACAAUGCUUUCGUGACACGGGAUUAGCAGACUUUCCACAGGCAAUGUAUGGACAUAGUGUCAAUGGGUGGAUGGACGGAGAACUAUUUGUUGCAUGGUUGCAACAAUUCGAAUCGUAUGUGACCGAGAAACAAAUAAGUAAGCCUGUCCUUUAG